AUGGUUGAUGAUAGCAAUCAGGAGACCACGCUGGGAAUCAUUAUAGCAUUCUCCGUGCUUGUGGGAACUCCGACUUUUCAGCGAUUCUGGGGUCGGUACCUGUCGAGAAGUUCACUACAAAGUGAUGACUACUUAAUUGUCCUAAGAUAUAGUGUUGCCAUGUGGUACUCUGAGUGCAUUAUCCUCUGCGUGGGUGGUGUAGCAACCUUCGUCGGCAUCUGGCGUCUCAUCUGGCAUCUCGUCAUCCUCUCCAAAGGCUUCUUUUCUGCCUUCCUACUAAAGGAUCCUACAUACGACAUCGGCUUCCGCGGCUCCGCCGUUGAAGUCCACGUUGCCGUCAUGUCCGCUUGCGCACCCGCCACGAAAGCUAUCGCUACUAAAUACCUCCCCCGCUUACUGGGGACCUCCCGCCAGGAAGAAACCUCGCGAUACAGCACGGCUAGUGCCUCGAACUGGUUCCUAUCGGGCUACGGGAGUUCACGGCCGAAGUCUGCGGUGCGGUCGAGAACGGAUGAUGGGUUUAAGUUGGCGGAGCCGUACCAGGCGAAGGUUGAUCCUAUUGCCGGAGAGCGUGGGAUGAGGAAAUAUCAGCGAGGGGAUAGUCCUAGUUGA